UUCAAAUGCCACAAGACUUGGGCAGUUUGGAAGGAGAUCAAAUCCUGGCUGGGACUGAGGAGGAACAUCAUUCCUAUCCCGAGUGGCGAGCGCCAUCAAGUGGAUGCUCAAGGAAAGAAGUGGCGCGGCAGUUAUGCGCAAGGCUAGGAGACUAGCCCUCAUUGCAAUGGUCAGCCUGAUUUGGCGAGGCAGGAAUGCCUUCAUAUUCGACGGAUCAGCAUUUGAACCCAAGCACCUGGUGUUUGAAGUGAAGAAGGUAACAUAUGCAGUCUUAUACUCCCUUUAUUCGCAUGAUCAAGUGACCGAGCACUUGGGAGUCUAGCGUUGCUCUCGGCCACGGGGGUACUCUUUUUCCUCCUAUGGAGUUUUUCCCACUGGGUUAUAAAUGAAUUGUUUUUAUUUGGUGUCUUUUUCUGUUAGGGAGAUUUACUGAAACAUGAACAAUCGGAUAUCCUGAAAGGCGUGAACAACACUUUCAGAUCAAAUCAAUUUGGUGGUUCUACCAAUAUUUGAUCGGAUACAAUUCAGAUUUUUAGAAGAUUUGUAUGUUGAUUCUGCGAUCCACUUUGAACCGAAAAAUGAUCAAUAACAAGAGGCCUGAAACGAAACAUCGCGUCUCUUCACGAAUCAUUGCGUCUCUUCGUUUAGGGUAACUGAAUUUAAUAGUUUUUUAAGUAGUUUCGAAAAUUGCAAAUCAGUCUUUCGACUAUCAGAAAUUAUAUUUCCGGACCCCAGCUCGACUAUCAGCUCGACCCCAGCCAGGGGCUCUACCCCUUGGACCCCGCUACUCGGGGGCGCUAAUCAUAAUAAAUUCAAAUAAGCGUGCACUCCGUACUUCCAAACUUAUAUGAUGUCUCAUUAUGAUGUGAAUAUAAGGUAACAGAACUACUAGUCGCUUUACAAUUGUCGAUUACUCCUUGGAAUAACAUCAGUUGGGAUACUAAUUGAUUAUAAUUAAGUGGAAUAGCCUAUAAAACUUAUAUAGGGGUUUCAAUUUUCUCUUACACGACAGUGUCGUGGAAUAUUCGAUGGUUUCAUUAACCAACCCACACCAUGCAUAAUAAAUACUCCCUCCGUCCGAUGUUAUUUGCACAGUUGUUUUUUGGCUCGUCACAACCUCCUUAUAUUAUUUAUAGUUUAAGUUAGAAUUAAUGCAUUUAAUUAAUAUGUUAGUUUAAGUCAAGAGCUCCUGAGCUCCUUUAUUAAGUGAUGUCUCGUUACAUUUAAAAUUCUAAUUUAGUUACAUUAAUAAAUUAAUCCCAAAGUUACGGCCUAAAAUGAAAAGUGCGAGUAAAAUGAGACGGAGGGAGUAUGAAGUAUCUUUGAUAAAAGAGCAGAGAACCAAAUGAAACAGAGCAGAAAAUCAAUGGAGAGUUUGAUGUUUUCCUUUGCUCUUUCAAUCUUGUUAUUAAGUAGUUUUACCCUCUCUUUUGAUUCUGCCACCGACGAAAAUGCAAUUCUUUCCUUGAAAAACUCCAUCACUUCCCACCCUUAUGCCUUCAAUUGGUCGCAAAACACAUCUGUUUGUGAUUUGAUUGGUGUGUCGUGCGGCCUCAAGCACCACAGCGUCACUGCUCUCAAUUUCUUUGGCUACAGCCUUUCUGGAACUAUUGCUCCACAUCUCGGAAACCUAACGUUUCUGAGAUAUUUGGACAUUAGUUCCAACAGUUUCACGGGGAGCUUACCCUUUGAGCUCUCUACACUGCGUCGUUUGAAGGUGAUGAAUGUCGGAAUGAAUUCAUUCACCGGAGAAAUACCAACAUGGUUGGGCAGUUUACCUCAACUAGAGGAACUCUAUCUGUAUAGCAAUCAGUUGAAUGGUUCCAUACCACAUGCUAUUUUCAAUGUGUCUUCAAUUGGAGAAAUUAGAAUUGGAAAUAAUAGCCUAUCAGGUUUGCUUCCAAGUGAUAUGUGCAACAAAAUAUUGUCACUUGCUCAUAACCAACUCGAAGGUCGAAUUCUGUCAAAUAUAUGGAAAUGCACACAUCUUGAGGUAUUGUCAUUAUCCUACAACAAUUUCAGUGGUAACAUUCCACGUGAAAUUGGAAGAUUGAGCUUUCAUACAAGGUUGUCGUUGGGGUACAAUAAUGGUUUUGGAGGAGGAGUUCCACGAGAAAUUGGAAAUCUCCCGAGACUAGAGAUAUUAACCAUUGAUGGUGCUUCUUUAACCGGAGAUUUUCCAUCUUCAGUCUUCAAUAUUUCUUCAUUGAGAGUCCUGAGUUUAUCUCACAAUAGUUUCUCAGGAUUGAGCUGCCAAAUUAUGCAUAAACUGGAGAUAGGUGAUUGAAGGAAAGGAGAGAAGAAAUAUGGAUUGGAGUUAACUGUUUUGAGCUGCAGAGAUUCAGCAACCGUUGAAUCUUUUAGUUAAGAUCUUUUAGUCAUGGCCGUCCAUUGUAAAGACUAGUCAUUGAUUUGUUACAUGAUUGUUUAAAUACAUUUGUAAAAAUCCCUUUCUUCUUCAGUUUUCUAAUCUUUCUAUCUCAGAUUCCAUUCAAGAUCUGUAGUGUGUGUAUCUGUAAAUUUCUCUGAAAUAAUACCAUUUUA